AUGUCGCUCAUCGAUGACCUGCUCGACCCGACACAGCGGUCGUCGACGGCUGCAAACGCCGCAGACUCGGCAGGCCCGGCGACAGGCGGACGGACGGGCGGGACGACGACCGGGACCGCGGCCGGAGCUGGGGCAGGAGCUGGGGCAGGAGCUGGGGCUAAACAUGGGUCUGGGACAAGCGGUACCGAUGGGUGGCGUGGACGGGCGCUGACGUUGGCUGGUGAGUCGUCCAGCAGCGGGUCUGUGGGGAGCUCGGGCUCGGCGCCGGCCGAUGCGCUGGGCUCGUUCUCGGACUCGGAUGAUGCGCUGGGUGGGGCGCUGGGCACGGCACUGCCGACGGAGCGAACGAGUGGGGAGAUGGUCGGGGUGCAGGUGGCGCUAGCUGUGUGCGAGGCCAAGGCACCGACAUCGGGCCUGCUCUCCAAGUCCCACACCUCGUACAUGCUGACGGUGACAACGGCCGGCGGCGAGGAGACAGUCUCGGUCAGGCGCUACCGCGACUUUGUUUGGCUCCACGGCGCACUGUCCGAGGCCUUUCCCUACCGCAUCGUGCCGGCACUCCCGGGCAAGAAGCGCCUGGGCCGCUUCUCGGAGGAGUUUGUGGAGAAGCGUCGCUCUGCGCUCGAGCGUUUUGUGCUGUACGUGUGCGAGCAUCCUGUGCUCGGUGGCUCACGGCAGGACUUUGCCAAGUGGGCGGCCAAGGAGAUGGCGUCGGCGGCGCGGACUACAGGCUCGGCGUCGGACGCUGGCGAUGACGACCGCAGCCAGCUGCUGGCUGCCGUCGACUAUGGCUCGCGGCUGCUGCACUUUGCUGACCUCGUUGCCGAUCUGCGGGCCUUUGUCGACGCUGCUGUGGCGGCCGGCGAGGCCCGAGUCGACGCCGCGGUGAAGGAAGCUGAGGCGCUGGUCACCGUUGGCGCCACUGCCGAGCAGCUGGUCACCUCGCGCGGGCACUCGUCAAGCGCCUCGGUCAGCGAUCCGUUCAUGGCCGGCGUCUCGGCGUGGGGUGCGACGCUCGCCGAGCGGACGGCCCGACAUGUGGCCAGGAUGGAACGCAAGAUGGAGACGCUUGCGCUCGAAGGCGAGUUUGUGCUCGCUGUGGUGUCUGGCGCCGACGCGGCGCUCAAGACCCGCGAGCGCCACCUGAAGGAGCUAGCCUCGCUCGACAAGGCCUUCCGCGAUGCCAACCGCAAGGGCUCGAGCAAGACGUCGGCGCUGGAGGCCCAGCUUGCUGCCUUGCGUGACACCAUCGACGCCGGUGUCCUCGACCUCCUGCACGAGCACCGCCGCCUGCGCUCUUACCGCCGUGCUGUCCUUGCCACGCUGGUGUACGGCGUAGCUGCCGGUCUCCGCCCAGUCUCCGAGACUGUGCGGCUUGCGUUCAAGCGGACCAAGGGUUCGCAGCUGUAA